AUAGAUAUGUAUCAUUGUCAGUGGAUUAUAGGAUUACUGUUGGCUGGUGGGUCCUUACGUCACUAUAAAGUCAACACUAGAAAGGCAUCGCUUCGUUAGGCCCCGUAUUGAUAGUAAUGCAUACCCUAGACGCCCUUUGGGGGACACACGUGAUACUGCAUAGGUAGUGAUAUGCCAGCAUCCAAUAUGUUAAGACAAUGUUCUCCGUUCUAAAAGGCAGAUAAGAUGACAGAAGACACACUAUUCAACCAGAGAAAUGAGCCGUGUUAUAUGAUACAAGUGGCCGAAGUAGUACGCCAAAUUGUUGCACCUGAGCUGGAUUUCAAAGAUUUUUUCAACAAAAUCUAUGAGAACAUAGUGGAGUUUUUGAACUGGACAUCAUGACAUUUUGAUCGUUAUUACACCACUUUAGUAUACGCUGAUGUUUGACAGUCCCUGUAAAUCACACAAGGAUAUCCUGUUCUCAUACACAAACUUUUAUCGGGAUAUCACUGUCAUUAUACAACAAUAAGGCCUUUUCACAGUUGAAUGGAUACCCAAUAGUGAGAGUCCUGCCUACAGUUGUGUUAUAACAAAUCAACAACUUAAAAUUAUUAUUCGUUUAUC